AUGGAUGAAAAUUUUGAAGAGAUCCAAAGAGAAAGAUUGCCGACGUUAUACGAAGUAUUAAUUCAAAAAACUAGCUCCCCAGUGGACUUAUGGACAUUUUACACGUACUUAUCACAAUUCCCAUAUGCCAUAAAUUAUUUAGAUUUUUGGAUUGACUUAAUGACACACACAAGGCUAUGUAAGGAUUAUAUUAAUAUAGUACGACGUUCUUUAUCGGUUAUAGACAAUGAAAACGAAAGUACGCAGUCUGUUACCACGAGUGUAUUAAUGAACAGACUGAUGGAGAGUGAUGAGCCAGAGACUCCAUACGGGAACACAAAUGGGAACAAAGUAUCUAGGUGGCUAGAAGAAUGGGGUAGGAACGAAGGUUUGAAUAUAUCAGAUAACAAUUUACCUAGGUUAAUGGAUGCAUUUAUUCAAUCUAGAGGUAUUGCAGGGCAAAAUGGGACGCCGUAUAUAUCGAGUAAACAAUUGUUAAGCAACGCUAUUCAUCUGGUACGAACAUAUAUAGAAUCAGAUAAGACAAGUGAACGAUACCUGACGAACAUUCCCGAUUCGCUCAGACAAGAAUUAGUAGUCUCGGUGAUAGAUAACCAAGGAUAUGAUCCGGAGAUAUUCCAUGAGUUAAAGGACAUAACGUAUCAAUUUUUGGAGAUUGAUUGUUUCCCAAAGUUUUUAAGUCAAGUAGCGUUACACAAUUUACAUGAUGAGAUAUCGGAUUGGAGAUUCCGCAGGAUAGGUUCAAGAAAUGGAAAUUUGAACGAAGAUAAUACUGUAGAGAAAAAAUAUCCAAGAAGAGAAUAUGCAGGCAGCAAGAGUCCAUUUUCUAAUUUUACGAAAUUAAGUAGGAUAACCUUAGGUUUCAUAUGGCUUUGGAUAGGGUUCUGGAUAGGAUAUACACUAAUAUUUUUGAAUUAUUCAAGAGCAAUAAGAGUCACCACGGUGGUUCCAUUUCUAUUUGGUGUGUAUUAUAUUGUAUCAGGGUUAUAUCAAGUAGAUAUAGUAUACUCCUGUUUUGGAGUCACUCAAAGGAUAAUGUACAAUAGUAGUGAUGGUCCAAAUGGUUAUGUGGCAGAGACAAAUGAAAAGGAUGACGAAAGAGUACCUUGGAUAUUUCACUUCCUUGGAGGUAGGGACAGAUUGAUUCCAAUAAAACACCCCUUUAUUAAACAGUUGUUAGUUAGAAGAGGUUGUUGGUGUGGAUUGAUAGUCUUUGUAUGGACAGCCUGUUUUACAGUAAUAUUUAGCUGUGUGCCUGGCAAGAGACUUUGA